GCGGCGAGGUGGAUUUUUCCCUUUCCUCCCUUCGCGUGACCAGCUCUGAGGGGAAUAUUUGCGGGGAUCUUUUUUUGUUUUCUGAGGGAUUGAGUGUUUUCUGACUCCGCCGAGGGCGCGAAGGGAAUCUCUCUCGCCCGGCCGGAGGGAAGGCGGAGGAGCGGGCGGAUCCCGGGCAAAGCAGCCGCCGCCGCCGCCGCCAUCCAGCCUCCCUUCCUGCUCGGCUCCGGUCACUUCCGCGGCCCCCAAGAUGGAGGAGGAGGAGGAGCGCGAUCCGCGGCUGAGGCUGAGGCGGCAUCUCGGCGGGCAGCAGCAGCAGCAGCAGCAGCCGCCGGGCCCGGGCGAGGCCGUUGAAACUACCAGCGUAGAGAAGAAGGAGAAGCCGCUUCCCAGACUUAACAUUCACUCUGCAUUCUGGAUAUUGGCAUCAAUAGCUACUACAUACUACAUUGAAUUUUUUAAAGUUGUUAAAGAGAUUAUUCAGCAAGAAAGCUGGUGGUUUAUACUCGGCAUUUGCUUAUUGAUUAUCAGUUUGUCUGUGGCCUUUUAUUGCAUAAUAUAUCUUGAGUGGUAUCAUGGAAUCGAGGACUAUGAUGCCACCUACCCUGCACUGAUACCUAUAACAACAGCUAGUUUUAUUGCGGCAGCAGUUUGUUUUAACAUUUCUUUAUGGCCCAUAUGGUCUUUCCUCACACCUGUGGUGCUCUUUGUCCAGUUCAUGGGUAUUGUGAUGCUUGUGUCGCUCCUGGGCUAAAUCUUUUAUGUUAAGGCAUGGGAAACAUGUGACCCUGCAGAUGUUGUUGGACUCCAGCUUUCACCAUCCCCAGCCAUCAGGACCAGCGGUUAGUCCAACAACACCCGAAGGACACAGGUUCCUCAUCCCUAUUUUAAAUGUUCUGUGUUACCUUGGUCUUCUAAAUGGGGAAAAUGGGGUGUGUUCAAUAAAUGGGUUGCUAGAUGUUUACUAAUAAAACUGCAAGAAGGUUUGCCAGUAAACCUUGUAUAAAAUACAGUCAACCUUGAUGGAAAAAGACAAAACAGAAAGGUGCUGUUUUUUGCAAGGCGGGGUGGAACAUUGGGUGAUAUCCAACUCACACUCUUGAGUAAGCCUAUUAAAAUCAAUGGACUUAAGUUACCUGUCCAUUGAUUUUGAUGGUUUCACUCUGAGUAUGUCUAAGAUUGCAUACCACCCCCUGUCUAAGUUGGCCCGUCAUAAGCAGUAAUAGCUUUUGUAUUAUAAAGAGCUUUAAUUGUCUUUUUAAGACUACUGAGUGUUUUUGUGCUUAUUUCAUUUUUCUUAAAUUUUAGAUUUCUAGACUCUGCAGAGUUAUAAAAUUAAUUAGUUUUACAAUGAAUGUGAGAUACUUGUUAAGUGUAAAGAUACAGCUUGGUUUAAAUGUAUAAAUUUCUAUUUUUCACUGUACACUACCAUAUUCUAGAAAAGUAAAUGGUGGACCUGCCAGCAUACGUACUUGGAUAUACUGGGAUCCUUGGAUGAAGACCUGCAAGCCAAUCUCAAGCAACUUGUGUUUAAAAGGGAUAUUCACUUGAAUUGUUAAACUUGUUUUGUGUUUAAUAGGGACACUUUUACUUUGAAUUAUGAUCUUAAACUCUGGGGAUAUGAGUCAUUGAAAUGCUAACAGAAUAGUUUUGCUGUUGUUCUGGCAUAGCUAUUGACUUAACCUAUAUUAAAGUGUAUCACAAGAAAUCAUAAUUGAUUAUGUUUAAGAAGUUAAUAAUAGGGACACAUUUUGCCCUUUUAAAAAAUAAUUAUGUUCAUGAUAUCUUUGAGAGCAAUGAAAAUAGUAAAUCUCCAAAUUGCUGAAUGA